AUGGCGCCCGCCGCGCCUUCGGCUGGCGCCAUGAUGGGCUCGGGGAGGGGCGGCCGCGCUGCUCCCAGCGCUUCCAUCCCCGUCUCCAGAAGUUUCUGGUUCGUUCCUCGGGGCCUGGGGAGAGGAGAAGACUCCCUGGGACUGAGCCCUGGUGGAUCCACGGCUUUGGGGAGAAGUGCUGUGGUUGUACCGGCGUUUCUCGUGGGGGCUGUGGGGCGAAGCUUCUCUCUGAGGGAAGAGACCUGGUGUCUGGGCCAUGCUAAAUUUUCGUUUUUCUCCUUUUCUUCUCUCUUUCUCUUUGUGUUUGGUCACAGGCUUUUUUGCAUUCAAUUAAUUCGCUCCUAUCCUGCUUUUUACGGUAUGUAGGGUAGUGAUACAGAACGAGAUGGAGUAGUCCCAGAAAAAUCCUCUCCAGAAAGAGAGAAGAAAAAGGAACAAUCAGAUGCCUCCAGUUCUCCCAGAACAUCAAAGCAUCACUACUCGAGAUCGCGCUCACGCUCCAGGGAGAGGAGACGGAAGUCAGAUACUGAAGGAAGAAAACACAGAAGCCGGAGCAGAAGCAAAGAGGCAAGAAGACAUGAAUCCAAAGAGAAGUCCUCCAAGAAGCACAAAUCUGAAGAUCACAAUGACAAAGAGCAUUCUUCUGACAAGGGAAGAGAUAGCCUAAAUUCAUCUGAAAAUGGUGAGGAGAGGCAUAAACGCAAAGAGAGAAAGUCAUCCAGAGGGAGGAGUCAUUCCAGAUCCAGGUCUCGGGAAAGACGCCAUCGGAGCAGAAGCCGUGAUAGGAAAAAAUCCCGAUCCCGCAGCAGAGAGAGAAAGCGACGGAUCAGAUCCCGCUCUAGAUCAAGAUCUAGACACAGACACAGGAGCAGAAGUAAAAGCAGAACUAGGAGCAGAAGCAGAGAGCGAAAGAAGAGAAUUGAAAAGCCCCGAAGGUUCAGCAGGAGCCACAGCCGGAGUCCGAGCCCGCCGCUGUUCCGGGGACGAAACACAGCUAUGGAUGCACAGGAGGCCUUAGCCAGAAGGCUGGAAAGAGCAAAGAAAUUGCAAGAACAGAGAGAGAAGGAAAUGGUUGAAAAACAGAAGCAACAGGAAAUGGCUGCAGCGGCCGCAGCCACGGGAGGCUCCGUCAUCAACGUGGCCGCUCUGCUGGCCUCGGGGACACAGGUGACCCCUCAGAUCGCCAUGGCAGCUCAGAUGGCAGCACUCCAGGCCAAGGCACUGGCAGAGACUGGCAUAGCUGUGCCCAGCUAUUACAACCCAGCAGCAGUGAACCCCAUGAAAUUUGCUGAGCAAGAGAAAAAGCGGAAGAUGCUUUGGCAAGGCAAAAAGGAAGGGGACAAAUCACAGUCUGCAGAAAUAUGGGAAAAACUAAAUUUUGGAAACAAGGACCAAAAUGUUAAAUUCAGAAAACUGAUGGGCAUUAAGAGCGAGGAUGAAGCUGGCUGCAGCUCCGUGGAUGAGGAGAGUUACAAAACCCUGAAGCAGCAGGAGGAGGUGUUCAGAAAUCUGGAUGCACAGUAUGAAAUGGCCAGAUCACAGACUCACACACAAAGAGGAAUGGGAUUGGGGUUCACAUCUUCCAUGCGAGGAAUGGAUGCAGUUUGAAAAAUGGAAAGAAAAAAAACAAACAAAAAAGGCUGUUUUGAAGUUUGAGACUGUGGAAGGUUCUUGUUCACAUGUUGGGUCCUUGUUCACCAAAAAGCUAGCAUUCUAGCUUGCAUGGGUGUUGCAUUGACUUUAAUUUAUUGAAAAAUACAAUUUUUUUUGUAAAUAUCAGAUUAGUGAUACUGGUGUUAGUGUUGUAAUCAGGUUAUACCCCACUUCCAUUAAACUUGACAGAACUAGAGGAGGACAGUAUUUUUUAGUUAAAGUUCUACUUUUCAAACCAAGCAGCAGAUGGGAAGAGCUCAUACAUGGAUAUUUCGUGUCCACUGUCUUGUGUACUUUUGUACUUUAACCUUGUACAGUUAUUUUCAAUUCUUGAAACAUGAAAGAAACAUUGUGUAGAUGUUAUUUAGCGGUCUGGGCCAAUAGGCACAUAAUCCAGUGCAAAAAAACUGGUUAAUAAUAAAGACAUUUUUUUUCUCUAA